AUGUGCAUGUGGGUGCAGGCGGGCGAGCGAGCGGCUUCUACAGUGAGACCGAAGCAGGAGCUCAGCCUUCGCCUGCGACCUGCAAUCCCCAGAUUCCCUGGGGACCUCGAAACUCCGAAUCGGAGGUACUCCCCCCCCACAGCCGCCCACCCAUUCCCUCCCCCCUUACCUCAGCACGCAGCCCCUCCCUGCGUGAUGAUGCAAAACCGUGGGGAGGGUGGGCGCUGGGAAGUGUGGGGAGAGCCUGAGAGCGAGCGAGGGUGGGAGGGAGUGGGCGGAGGAGGAGAGGGAGCCGAACGCGCAUUUAAAGCGAUAGCCAUCCUCGCUCUCUCCCCAGUGCUGGGCUGUUGGAGAGCUCGAGCUGCAAGCCACCGAGCGCGAGCUCGAGCGCGGUGCGCUGGCCGGGGAACCCAAGAGCGCACGGCGCCCCAAGCUGGCAGGCGCCGCGGGACCCCCCACCCUCGCCGGCUGCCCUUCCCCGGGCGCCCCUACCCUCCUCGCCCGCAGGAGACCCUGGGCUUCCCCGGAGGAGCUCACCCCAAGGGGCCAGGACUCCGGCGAGCCCGCCACCGUCCCCUCGAGUGCCGCCGCCACCACCGCAGCCGCGGGAGCAGCAUGGUCCAGCUGGGGAAGCUGCUCCGCGCCCUGACUUUGAUGAAGUUUCCCUGCUGCGUGCUGGAGGUGCUUCUGUGCGCGCUGGCGGCGGCGGCGCGCGGCCAGGAGAUGUACGCCCCGCACUCCAUUCGGAUCGAGGGGGACGUCACCCUCGGGGGGCUGUUCCCGGUGCACGCGAAGGGUCCCAGCGGAGUGCCCUGCGGCGACAUCAAGAGGGAGAACGGGAUCCACAGGCUGGAAGCGAUGCUCUACGCCCUGGACCAGAUCAACAGCGAUCCCAACCUGCUGCCCAACGUGACGCUGGGAGCGCGGAUCCUGGACACUUGUUCCAGGGACACUUAGGCGCUCGAACAGUCGCUCACUUUCGUCCAGGCGCUCAUCCAGAAGGACACCUCCGAAGUGCGCUGCACCAACGGCGAGCCUCCGGUUUUCGUCAAGCCCGAGAAAGUAGUUGGAGUGAUUGGGGCUUCGGGGAGUUCGGUCUCCAUCAUGGUAGCCAACAUCCCGAGGCUU